UAAUUAAAUUUUGUUUUUAUUUUGAUACACAGGAGUCCAGAUCUUAUGUAAAAUGGAUGGCUCUCACACUAGACACUGAAUAUUAAGUAGAAAAUCUGUUAGGAAAAUCUAAGCUGCCAUGGAGGAAAUACCAGUAAAAGUUGCUGUAAGAAUUAGACCUCUGCUAUGCAAAGAAGUUCUUCAUAAUCAUCAAGUUUGUGUGAGAGUUAUUCCAAACACCCAGCAAAUUAUCAUUGGGAGAGACAGAAUCUUUACUUUUGAUUUUGUUUUUGGCAAAAGUUCCACUCAAGACGAAGUUUAUAAUACGUGCAUAAAGCCACUAGUGUUAUCACUCAUUGAAGGCUAUAAUGUAACUGUUUUUGCCUAUGGACAAACUGGAUCUGGGAAGACAUACACCAUCGGAGGAGGCCAUGUUGCUUCAGUUGUAGAAGGUCAAAAGGGUAUCAUUCCUCGAGCUAUCCAAGAAAUAUUUCAAAACAUCUCUGAAAAUCCUAGCACUGACUUUAAAAUAAAAGUUUCUUAUAUAGAAGUAUAUAAGGAAGACCUAAGAGAUCUUUUAGAAUUGGAGACAUCUGUGAAGGAUCUUCACAUCCGAGAAGAUGAAAAAGGAAACACAGUGAUUGUCGGGGCCAAGGAAUGCCAGGUGGAGAGUGCAGAUGAAGUGAUGAGCCUCCUGGAGAUGGGGAAUGCAGCCAGGCGUACAAGUACCACCCAAAUGAAUGAACACUCCAGUAGAUCACAUGCAAUUUUUACAAUCAGCAUUUGUCAAGCUGAAAAAAAUACAGAGGCAGCUAAAGAUGGAUCAUGGUCUUCCCGCCAGCAAAUUGUCUCAAAGUUCCAUUUUGUGGAUUUGGCUGGAUCAGAAAGAGUAACGAAAACAGGGAAUACUGGUGAACGGUUCAAAGAAUCCAUUCAGAUCAACAGUGGGUUGCUGGCUUUAGGAAAUGUAAUAAGCGCUCUUGGGGACCCACGCAGGAAGAGUUCACAUAUUCCAUAUAGGGACGCUAAAAUUACCCGGCUUCUGAAAGAUUCCCUGGGAGGCACCGCCAAGACUGUCAUGAUUACUUGUGUCAGCCCAUCGUCCUUCAAUUUUGACGAAUCCUUAAAUUCUCUCAAAUAUGCCAAUAGAGCACGCAACAUCAGGAACAAACCCACCUUAAACUUCAGCCCUGAGUCAGACCGGAUGGAUGAAAUGGAAUUUGAGAUUAAGUUGCUUCGAGAAGCUUUGCAAAGUCAUCAGGCUAGUAAUAGCCAAACCAGCCAGAUCCAUCGAGAGGGGACUCCUGACAACAGGAUCCUUUCUCUCGAGGAACAAGUAGCUCAGCUCCAAGGAGAAUGUCUGGGUUACCAACAUUGUAUAGAGGAAGCCUUCACUCUCCUGGUGGAGUUAAAGGACACUGUCAGUCUAAACCAAAAGCAGCAACAGAAGCUGCAGGAGUGGUUUAACAUGACCCAGGAGGUCAGGAAGGUGAUUCCCAGCUCAUUCAGAGGCAGCUGCGGCAUUGGAAACCUGGAAGAAGGACCACAGCAUAUUAGAGUUAACCAACUGAAGCGAGAGCUGAAGAAAUGCCAGAAUGAAAAAAUAAUAGAACAACAACUUCUGGAUCAACUGAGUGGAGAACCAACAAAACUUAACCUGUCAAUGACUUCUUCAGCUAAGGAAAUUUGUGGAGAUGGGCCAGAUGCCAGGAUACCAGAAAAGAGACCAUAUACUGUACCGUUUGAUGCUCAUUUGGGACGUUAUAUUUGUAUCCCAGAAAGAUCAGAUGCCAGGAAGGUCUACACAAGUCCUUCUGUGUACUCUCUGGAUCAAGUAGUUGCUGGAUUUCGAACACGAAGUCAAAUCCUGCUGGGUCACAUAGAAGAACAAGAUGAAGUCCUCCACUGCCAAUUUUCUGAUAACAGUGAUUAUGAAGAAUCAGAAGGCCAAGAGAAAUCUGAAAUUAGACAUAGAAAUCACUCAUGGAUUCAGAAGCCAGACUCUGUUUGUUCUCUUGUUGAAUUGAAUGAUAUUCAUGAUCAAACACAAAAGUCAAGUUUGGGGAAUGAAGAUUUAAAGAUUGAAUGUCUUCAGGAGAGUCAAGAGUUGAAUUUGCAAAAAUUAAGGCAUUCAGAACUCAUACUUACUGAAGCUAAACAAAAAAUAAGAGAACUUACAAUUAACAUCAAUAUGAAGGAAGAUCUGAUUAAAGAAUUAAUGAAAACAGGUAAUGAUGCCAAGUCUGUAAGCAAACAGUAUUCUCUGAAAGUAACGAAACUUGCCCACGAAGCAGAACAGGCAAAAGUGGAAUUAAUUGAGACAGAAAAGCAGCUACAGGAACUGGAAAACAAAGAUCUGUCUGAUGUUGCUUUGAAAAUAAAAUUACAGAGGGAAUUCCGUAAAAAGAUGGAUGCCGCAAAGCUGAAAAUCCAGGUCUUACAGAAGAAGCAACAAAAUAGUAAGAAGUUGGCAUCACUUUCGAUCCAAAAUGAGAAACGUGCUAAUGAAUUAGAGCAGAGUAUAGAUCACAUGAAAUAUCAAAAGGUACAGCUGCAAAAGAGACUUCGAGAAGAAAAUGAAAAAAGGAAGCAACUGGAUACAGAAAUUCAGCGGGAUCAACAAAAAAUCAAAGAACUAAAGUUAAAAACAGAACUGGAAGAAGGUCUGAAACUGAAAACUGAGGACCUAGAUGCAUUUAAGAUGGAAAGAAGAAAAGGUUUGUUUGGAAGUAUAGACCAGCUCCAGAAAUUAGAUGAGCAAAAGAAAUGGUUAGAUGAAGAAGUAGAGAAAGUUCUGAACCAACGCCAAGAAUUAGAGGAGCUGGAAGAAGACUUAAAGAAGCGGGAGGCCAUCGUUUCUAAGAAGGAGGCCCUGUUACAGGAGAAGAGCCACCUGGAAAAUAAGAAGUUGAGAUCUAGUCAGGCCUUAAGCACAGAUAGUUUGAAAAUAUCAACUUGCCUGAACUUGUUGGACCAAGAGUUGUCCAAAAAGAAUGUGCAGCUCCAGAGUAGCACAGCUGAAGAGAAAAUAAAGAUUUCAGAACAAGUUCAAGCCCUCCAGAAAGAAAAAGAUCAGCUACAGAGACGAAGAAACAGUGUGGAAGAGAAACUUAAAAAUGGUAGCGUGUUAUCGCCUGAAGAAGAACAUGCUCUUUUCCAACUUGAAGAAGGGAUUGAAGCUUUGGAAGCUGCAAUUGAGUACAAGAAUGAAAGUAUCCAAAGUCGCCAGAACUCGCUCAGAGUUUCAUUUCAAAACCUCUAUCAUAGUGAAGCAAACGUCUUGGAAAAACUAAUUGCCCUGAAUCCUACUGAGAUUAGAGCUAUCCUUUUCAGAUAUUUCAAUAAGGUGGUUAAUUUGCGAGAAACUGAGAGAAAACUACAGUUACAGAAUAAAGAAAUUAAAAUUAAGAUCCUGGAACGGGAUAAUAUGGUUCGUGAAUUGGAAUCUGCACUGGAACAUCUGAAAUUGCAGUGUGAUCGGAGACUGACCUUCCAACAAAAGGAACAUGAGCAAAAAAUGCAAUUGCUGUUACAUCAUUUCCAAGAGCAAGAUGGGGAAGGCAUUAUGGAAACUUUAAAAACAUAUGAAGAUAAAAUCCAACAGGUGGAAAAAGAUCUUUAUUUCUAUAAGAAAACCAGCAGAGAUCUUAAGAAGAAACUUAAGGAAUUGUUAGGGGAAGCAGUUUGGAGGCCACCGGUACCAUUUGAAUAUCAUGAUGCUGGAGAUGGAGUCCUGAACCCAGAAGAAGCAAGCAUGGUUUCAGAAGAAUUAAAAUGGGCAUCCAUAACUGAAAGUAUGAAAUUAAGUGGAAGUUUUGAAAGAGAAUUAGACAGUUCAGCAAGCAGUUUAAGAACACAACCAAAUUCUCAGAAGCUCUGGGAAAAUGGCCCUGAAUUACCUCCAAUUUAUGGCUCUUUAGCACCCGCUAGUGGACAUCUGUUAAGCGACGAGGAUAAAACAGAAAUAGAUGAAAAUCAGUUAAGAAAAUCUCACAGUCAACCAUCACCCCAAAUUCAGCCAAUGGGAAAUGUGGGACCGCUUCAUGGUGUCAUGCCUGUAAAGUUGUGUCGCAAAGAGUUACGUCAGAUUUCUGCCUUGGAACUAUCAUUACGACGGUCCAGUCUUGGAGUUGGGGUUGGAUCUAUGACUGUCGAUUCCAUUGAAAUAGCUAGGAAACCGAGUGACUUAAAAACUUAGGUAGUUAUUCAUAGAAAUUUUAAUUUGCUUUUCCAUAAUAACCAAACACACAUUUUCCAAUACUGUCAAGUAAUGGAACAUUUAAAUUUUUCCACUUACAAAUUUGUCUAAAAUUCUUCUCCAGGCAUAUUUGAAGAACAAGAUAAAGAAUAGA